UAAUAAGAUCUAACUCAAAAAUAAUUUACAUUUUACAGCUGUCUUCGGUCAUAUCUAUGUGACAGACGUAGUGUUUAAACUCUCUUUGUCUUUCUGACAGACUUUCAGAUUCAAACUAAAGUCCAAAAUAAAAACUCAGAAUUCUGAUGAUACCUAGAUUACCUACUCGUAAAAUCUUCAUGCUGUAUUAGAAACAAGUUUGAGGAUAGUAAUUAUUAUUAGGUUUCAACAAUGCUACUACAUAACCACUUAUCCAUUGUCUGAUACUACUCACGUCUCACAACCGUCUGCCACUACCAAUAUCAAUAUGUCUUUGGAACAAACUGCUUGUGAUGCCGUUCUUACAGACUUGAAGGCUUUUGAACGGAGGUUAACAGAAGUUAUAGCAUGCUUGCAGCCUGCAACAACUAGGUGGAGAAUUGUAUUGGCAACUGUGUCGUUGUGUACAGCUAUAGCUGCUUGGCACUGGCUGACAGAUCCACUCACUCCUGUUGUAUCACUGACACAGUCUCUAUGGAAUCAUCCGUUCUUUGCUGUAACAUCAACAUUAUUAGUGUUAUUAUUCAUGAUGGGAGUCCACAGGAAGGUUAUAGCGCCGAGCAUCAUAACUGCCAGAACUCGGUCAGUUCUCAAUGACUUCAACAUGUCAUGUGAUGAAACUGGCAAACUUAUACUGAAGCCACGGCCUGCAAAUAAUAUUAUGACUUGCCUAAGUCAUUAGCUUAUAUGAUGUAUUAUGGUGCGUACAGACUCAUGAAACUCAAGCAUAUUUCAUCAGAACUGAACAUGUACCUCGGAACUGUUCCCUGUGUGCACGCGACCGCAGCGCCUUCUACUGAGAAUUGGGAACUAUACAAAAAUGGUGUCCAUUGCUGUCCAAACCUGGUUAUUUUCGUGUUCACUUUUCACGCGCGUCUCAGUUUACUCAAAGCAUACCGAUAAUAUGAGCACAAAGCGCGCCCCUUUGUGUUCAAAUAUCACUGCACGUGAAUUGUAAUGUUACGUUUCACUGGCCUGUAUGUGCCAUUAGGUUAUUUCUGCAAUUUGAAAUACGAACUAAGUAGCAUUUAAGUAGUAAUUUGUAGUUUCAGUUAAGUUAAUUAAAUAAAACAAUUAAGCAUGUGAUACUA